AUGCAGGAGAUAAUACCAUUUAUAAGCGUCACUAUAAUCGUGGUAUGUCUUUUCAGCAUGCUGAGUAACACGACUAAUAGUUGGAUUAGAAGCAAACCGUGGAUGGGUGUAGCCAGUGUCAUGUCAGCCGGAAUGGCUGUAGCUGCCUCUUUUGGAUUACUAUUUGCGUGUGGUGUAGAAACUACGUAUUAUAACGUUGCUCUCCCAUUUGCAAUUCUGGUGACAGAAGUGGACAAUUCUUUCGUAGUGAUCGCGUGUUGGAGAACAACUGAUACUCGCGAUCCAGUUGAAAAGCGGAUGAAAGAUACGUAUUCUAAUGCAGCAGUAUCCAUAACUAUAACUUCGUUAACCAACUUUUGUUCUUAUUGUAUUGCAAUGAAUUGUCUAUUUCCACUGACGUUUUUCGGCGGUUGUCUGGCUUUGAGUGAAUACAGAGAGGAGAACGGUCUUAAUCCCAUUUAUUAUAAAUCUGUUUCAGAAUACGGCAUUAAUAACAGUUAUGAAGAAGAGAAGCAGGAAGACAUUUUUAUGGAAUUCUUCAAGGAAAAUGUCGCAUCGUUUCUGUUUUAUUUUUCAAAUCAGAUUAUUAUAAUACUUUUGUAUGUCGUUAGUUUAUCAUUUAGCAUAUGGGGAAUCAUUUUUUUGAACGAAGGUCUUAAUGUAUUCGGUUUUUAUCCCGAAAAUUCCGAAAUCACCCGAGCAUUUAGAGUACAUUAUAAAUAUUUUACUGAAUAUCCAUUUACUAUUCACAUAGUGAUUAAGGAAACUUUGGAUUAUUCAAACGAAGUCGUUCAGAAAUCAUUAGACGACAUGAUUCAGAUGUUUCGGUCUCAUCCGAACGUGGCAGAUAUGGAUAUUUCUUGGUUGAAGUAUUUCAAAGAUUUUCAACAGCAUUCAGCAGCGAAAUAUUCUUUUAAGGGAUACGAUUUAUCCACUAAACAAGAUUUUAUCGAUGCUUUACGAAAUGUUUUUUUGAAAUUUCUAGGAGCCAAACAUUACCAGAACGAUAUCGUAUUUAAUCAUAAUUAUACCGAUAUUAUUUGCAGUCGUUUAUUUCUUUUAGCAAGAAAUGUUUCGGAUAGAAACACAGAGAAGAAAUUAAUCAAAGAUAUACAAACGAUGGCAGAAGAAUUUCCUUUCUCCGUUCUUAUUCACACCAUGAUAUCGCCAUUCGUAGAGCAAAGUAUCGUUAUUAGAGAAGUGGUCUUUCAAUUUUUUUUGGAUGACGUCGUUAAUAAAUCUUGUUAUUUUUAUUUUCUUUAA